ACAACUGCCUAUAAUUGUUUAAAACUAAACCAUGUAAUUAACUUAUAUAAUGACUCAUUAAUCUAUAUAUUAACUUCGCUGUUAGUUUCUAAUCAACGAUGGGAAUGGAAGGGAGAAACAAUAUUACAGGAGGAGUUGUUAUGGGUGAGGUAUAUUAUCCUCCUCCACACCCAUAUGCUGUGGCUCAAGGUUUUCCUAUGAAUAAUAAUAAUCCUUCUGCUCCCCUUGAACCGCCGCCGCCUCCACCACCAUCUCAAGGUUUUGAUAUGAAUAACAAUGGAUAUGUCCCACCUCCACCACCACCACCUCAAGGUUUUGCUACCAGUAAUAAUAAUACUUCAUGUGCUCCACCUCCACCAGCUGUCUCUGUAGCCAACACCAAUGUAUAUGUUAACACAGAAGAACGUGUCAAAGGUUAUGCUGUUGCUGUUGCUGUUGCUGAACCAGGUCUUCCAUGUUGUGGCAUUGGUGUUGGUUGGACCUUGUUUAUACUAGGGUGGUUUCUUUGUGGCAUCCCUUGGUAUGUUGGGGCAAUUAUUAUAUUUUGUUCAAAGGUGGAUCGCCGCGAGAGAGCAGGAUAUAUUGCGUGCGUCAGUUUUGCCCUCAUAAUUACGGUUGUAGCUAUCGCCAUGAGAUCGACAAAGAAAUGAUCAUCUGUUACCUUCUAUAUGUAUUUGUGGAUGCAAAUAAUAUUUACCUAAUGCAUAAAUUUGACCUUCAACUUCGAUGAUUAUCCUUGUAGCUCUUUGAAUUUAUGAAUUUUUGUAUUUUCAAAUUUUAUUUUGGCGAAUGACAUAAUUUAAAGAGUUACAAAGAAGAUUGAUUAAAGUUUAUGGUCAAUUUUAUGCAUUAGACUAAUGAUUAAUAAAA